AUGCCACAAGUUAUAUAUCCGUCACUAGUUGGUUAUAAUGAAUUGUUGAAAACAAUUGGUAAUGGCGGGUUUGAAAAAGUAGAACAAGAAAUUCAUUUACUUACAGGUGAAUUUGUAGCUAUUAAGAGAAUUGAUAAAGCUAAAUUAGGCAGCGGCAUUAAUUUGGCAUAUUUAGGUACAGCUUGUGGUAGUCCAGCAUAUGCUGCACCAAUAAACAUAUUACAUCAAAUUCACUAA